AUGGCCGAGAUGAAACCGUCGCCUGAAGGCGAGAUCGAGGAGCAGAAAUUGGAGACGCAGGGCAUCCAAGAGGAAACAAUGCCAGAGGAAGAGAGGGUGCCAGAGGGUCAAGUGCCGGAGGCACACGAGAACCAAAUCCAGGAUGGUCAGUUGCAGGAUGAUCAACUGCAGGAUGAUCAUUUGCAGGAUGGCCAGAUGCAAGACGGCCAGAUUCAAGACGGCCAGAUGCAAGACGACCAGAUGCAAAAUGGCCAGAUGCACGAUGGCCAGAUGCACGAAGCUCAAAUGCAAGAUGCUCAAAUGCAAGAUGGCCAGAUGCAGGAUGAUCGGAUGCACGAUGGCCAGAUGCCGGAAGACCAGAUACCAGAAGAGUCCAUGCCCGACGGAAUUCCCAGUUACCCAUCUCCUACAGCCGAAGACCAAGAUGUUGGCCCAUACUACCAUUCAGCCCCUCGGGAUGACCCUCAACAGGAACACCAACCUCCGCCGACCCCUCAACAGCAACCAUCUCACUCUGCUAGCGUCGAGGAGCUGCAACUUGCUGCUCAACUGGGCCAAGACUUGGCGGGAGAGCCGAUGAUGCAUGUCACGGAUCCCAACAUGAGCGUCGAGGACCCUAGCCUUAGGAGCAUCAUGCCUCAUCCGGAGCAGCCUCCGCCUCCGCCUCCGCCUCAGCACCCCCACCAGCAACAGCAACAACAGCAGCAACCGCAGCAACAGCAGCAACAGCAGCAACAGCAACAGCACCCGCACCAGCAUCAGCUCCCGCACCAGCUCCCACACCAGCACCAGCAACCGCAGCAACACCAACAUCAACAUCAGCCCCCUCCCCGUCCGUAUGUCCCCGAGGAGGCUUUACCUGAGUCGGCUCUUCAGCACGUCCCGGUUCCUGUUCCCAUGGACCAUCACCACCUCUCACAGGCCUAUGCUCUUGGAGACAGCACGCCUCCCAGAAAGCGGUCCAAGGUAUCCCGCGCCUGCGACGAGUGUCGAAGGAAGAAGGUCAAGUGUGACGCCCAGUCGGACUCUGGAGACAACCCAUGCUCCAACUGCAAGCGAUCCGGUAUUCGCUGCAUGUUCAGCCGAGUUCCUCAGAAGCGAGGUCCCAGCAAGGGAUAUAUCAAAGAAUUGGCCGACAGGAUCAACAGUAUCGAGGGCAAGCUCGAGAUCCAGGGUCCUGGCGAAGAUGCCACGCGAAAGCGACCUUUUUCAAGUAUUUCCAGCGCGGACUUGUCCACGCCGGCACCGACCAGGCAAGCCGCCUGGGGUAAUGAGCACCGUCCCCUUCAACCCAUGGCGACUCCGUCCGACAGAUACCAAUCAUCACCAUUCUCCGCCAACGGCUUGGCGCCUCAGCCCAUGCCCAUUAAGAAUGACAUGCAGCCGCGGCCCCCGGUGGCCCCGAUGGAUGGCGCCGUCGCAGAUAUGCCGGAUAUUGAUCAACCACGCGACGUUGACGAUGCCGUGUUCGAUGGAUACACCAACAUCAUCCAUCCUUACCUUCCCUUCCUGCCAAACAGCAGGGCUUUGAUUCAGGACUACCUCGCGGAGUGCCCCGGCCUUCUUCGCGAAGCGUUUGUUGAGGCCCUGUCGGGUACCAUGCAUUCAUUCCCGACCUUCCAGUCAGGAAACCCUGGCGAUGUCCGCCUAGCUCACACACUGCUCGUGGAAUGGGAGGCCGGUGACUCUGCAUCCCGAAGUCCCGCAGCCAACAUCGUCUUCCUUCAGACGCUGCUUCUCAUGAUUAUCGAGGCUGACAACCGGGCAACCGGUUCCAUUGGUGCCCCUAAAGAAUCCAUUCUGGGCAGAGCUGUAGCAGGUGCCAAUGCCUUGAAGCUGUAUCAGUCCAAGUUGGACCCGUCUGAGGGCGAUAUUAGUUCUGAUUCAGAGAGCCAACUUCGCGCUCGAAUCUGGUGGUCGCUGGUCAUGCUCGAUCGGUGGAACGCAGUGGGCUCUGGAGUACCGUCGUUGAUCAGGGACGAGAGUGUUGUCAUCAUGCCUGGAUUGCAGGUGGUGGUAGGCGAGGUUCCAAUCCUCCUGAUAAAAGCGUCGAAAUUCCUGAGCCGCGCCUCAGUCAUGAUCACAAACUUCCAAGAACCCUUGCACCCGACCUUUGGAGACCGGAUGGUCGGUUCUUUCAUGGACGCAUGGGUUGAAGAUUUCCGCGAGGGCCUACCCUCCCACAUCGAGCCAGGCACAUACCCCAUGGUUCAUCUUGUGUACUGGCAUUGUCGGCUGCUGGCAUAUCUUCUCAACCCGUCCUCCAGAGCUACUGAUGCCCUGUGGCCCUGCCGUGAGACGAUGAGUCUCUUGACAAGCCACUCACAGCUCAUUACGCCUCUGCACCACCACUUCAUUGUACUCACAGUCCAGACCCUUAUUGAACUGGCAAAGGUCGACAAGACAAAGGAGGAGGCAACAAACCUGCUCAGCACCUUCCGAGACUCAACAUUGCCAGCUUCGGUGUUUGAUGGACUUAUCAGGGACAAGGUCGCUGACCACCUGCGUCCGUCGACGAGUGCCGCCGCACCUUUGACGACAUCGGCAAUGGAGGCUGCGGCCAGCCAGGGCCUCCAGCAUCUGGCUGACCUGGCCACUCUCUCAUCGGCAGCUGUGGAGAAGGCGGAGGCUAUGCCGGCAUAUCGCACAGCUCCCAACUACGAAGACUUGGGCUUCGAUCCCCGGCCUAUGCUUCUCACUGGUUACUUCAACGUCGCCCGCGCAACUCAACAGGCAGCGUAG